UUAUUCCUUCGCCGGGCUGGGGACCUUUAGGAACCCAAGCAGUUUGGAUGAAGCCCUCCUGGAGCACUAACCAGGGCUCGCUAGGCCCGUAGCUCUUUGGGGGCGUGCCCGAGAGUCUCCCGCCCGGAUUACCCGGUCCAGAAGGCCUGAGGCCCAAUUCCCUCCCUAGUGUGACGGGACCUCGGGUUUCUAAAGCUUCCCAGCGGACAGCCCGGAGGCAGGCCCCGCCCCUUGUCGGAGGGGGCGGGGCCCAGGGUUUGCGUCACGUUCCAUUGGUAGCCCGCACGGUUCUACUGAUUGUACGAGCUUUCCGGGCUCCACAAUCAAUCACAGCCGCGGACCUCAGGAUGUCCGGCCCCAACGGGGACCUGCCCAGGCCAGUGGAGACCAGCGUCGAAGAGGACGACUGCUUUGGGGAAGCAGAAUAUGCAGCCAUCAACUCUAUGCUGGACCAGAUCAAUACUUGCUUGGAUCACCUGGAGGAGAAGAAUGACCAUCUUCACGCCCGGCUCAAGGAGUUGCUGGAAUCCAACCGGCAAACAAGAGUGGAGUUCCAGCAGCAGCAGCAGCUCAGUGAGGGUCCACCUGCAGCUAAGCCCCACCAGUAGGCCCUGGGGGAGGCUAUCCCCUUAUACUCCCCUUUCCACAGCAGCCUCAGAAGCUCCUGCCCUGGAGAAGGCGUUUGCUGGGUGAGUCAGUGGCUCUCAAGUCUCUUCAUAAAGGGGCGAGGAUGCUUCCCUAGCCCACAGACUGUGAACGCCAUCAGGAUAGGCAGAGACCCUUUUAAGCUGGGGUCCUCUGUCUCCCUCAUUUGUAUUUCCUGGUCCCCGGGGCCCAACUACUGCAUUUAAUCCCAGAGGACCACCUAA